AUGGGUCCAGCUGUCGAUGUGAUCAGCGUUGACCUCUUGCUCUGGAGCUUCUACUUUCUAUGCUUCAAGGAUGUUCAAAAUCGAUUCGUCUACGUCGUCAAACGAGGAUCUACCAAUGGGGAUGAUGAGCAAUUUUCGGAUGCGGCCAAACAUAAAACAGACGCUCAGGCAGCACCAUCUAGGAUUAUCGAGGAACAAUACCCAGCAAAGCUUUCAGAACGACUGAAUUGGAUCGGAACACUGCUCGUCUCUAUCCGCAUGAAGCAUUGGAAGGUCGGAGACGCUUCUCACGACCGACGACAACCUCCGGAGCUAGCUUUCAGGUCUCGGAGUGCCUUCAUGAACCUGGCAAUAAGGAGCUUCGUUCGAGGAUACCUGAUCCUGGACUUUACGAGAGCAUACAUCAGCUACGAUUCAUACUUUACGGAUGCCAACGUCUCCAUCUCCUCACCUCUGCCCUCCCGAACGCUCGACUUCGUCCCACCCCAAGUCUUCCGAAGCGCCAUCUUAGCGGCUCAAGCUUGGGCAGCGAUCAGUCAACUGAUGUAUCUACCCUGUUUGUUACCCUUAGGUCUCAACGCUCUGGGCUGGCUACCAGAUGAGUGGUCACCGCACCACUGGGCUCCUCUCUUCGGCCCCAUAAGCGUAAUCGCUCAGCGAGGCGUCCGCGGCUUCUGGGGCGAGUACUGGCACCAAGCGAUGCGCAUAAUGUCGGCCGGGCCGGGCUAUGCUGUCGUCGAUGUGCUAGGCAUAGCGCCUGGUAGCUUUCUCAGGUACGCGAUCGUCACCUCUGUUGCCUUCUUCUUGAGUGGUGUGGUUCACAUGGGUCUUGUACCUCCGGAGCCACUUCAUGCGAAAGAGAGCGUGAACAUGAUCAGGCUCAAAGUUGGGACGUUCUUUUGGCUGCAACCAACAGCUAUACUUGCAGAAGUUGCGGUUGGGAAGCUGAUGCUGGCGGUAUGUCCGCCUUCUGUACGCCAGACGAGUCUUCCCAUGGUGGGGCGAAAGGUGGUGAACGUUGCUUUCUUCCUAGCCUGGGCCACUUUUUGCCUGCCACUUCUGGGGGAUAUGGCACGACAGAUCGGGUACUGGCAUGUCUGGCCCGUGCCCUUGAGCCUUUGGAGAGGGAUAAGAGCAGAAGGGUGGUCGACUUGGAUCGAAAGAUGA